AUGAAACAACACGACGAAGAAGCGGAAUACGUAUUGAUGUUACAUGCAUGGAAACGCGCAGAUACUUUCAAUCGUGGUUUCCUCCACUUGUCAAAUGGAGCCGUAACACAGCAAGUGCCUGGAGGCGCCCAGUUAGUCGAGGUGCCCCAAAACCCAGCCAUCGCCAACAAUCACUCCCUCUUGGUAGAACACGUCUGCACGGCCAAACGGCAUCCAUCUGGAACCGGAUUGGUAGUAACGCUCAAAGACGCCACCCUUCCUAGAUACCUCGUCAGUGAUGAAAAUCGAUUCUGGAGCCGUGUGAAACAACGGUGGUUUCGUCUGGUGCUGGGAACAAAUGGAGAUGUCAUCUGGGAAGAGCUGUAG